AUGGAUGCUCAGCAAUUUGCGGAAUUAUUAAAAGUUCUAACCGCUAGUAAUGAUAGAAUCGUGGAACUCAUCUUGAAAAAAGACGAAAACAAAGAUGUUCCUGAGCACAACGAAAAAGCAAGGCCUCAAUCUCAAGGUUGGUCUCAAAGAGUGUCCGACUACCUAAGAAAGCAUCCAGAUUUCUUGGAAUGCUAUGUUGACCGCAACGUUAGUAUGGAGUUGCUGGAGAAAUGGAUGAACAGAAAAAAUCAGCAGCAUGAAAAGUAUGAAGAGGAGACAAAUGAAAGUCCAGAUCCAGCUCCAACUCCAAGUCUUUCAAAGUUGAAGUUUAGUGUUCACACAGACAAGCGUGAAAUGCUUCAAGAGUUAACUUCAACAGUUUUCUCAUAUCCGAGCAAAGGACACGUGUUGUCUGAGUUGGCACGCACAGUUGCAACUGCAGUGAGCGCUACAGGAUGGAGUUUGUACAUCUAUCACCCAGAAACGGAGGAGUUAUGUUCAUAUGUGUGCCAAGGAAUUAGAACAGAGAAUCCAGAAGUAGAAGCAUCUUUAGCAACUUAUGUUGCUAAAAUUAAAGAGUGUGUGAGACUGAAAGCAACUGACAAAGAUCAAAAGGUACAAGAUGAUGUCACUAUCCAGUUUGAAGAUCCCGUAAACGUACUGUGUCAUCCUGUUAUGCGGCCAGAUGGAGAAUUGUCAGGUGUUUUGGAGCUCUACAAGGAUGUAGACUCGGAGUUCUUUGAGGAAGAUGAAGAAAUUGUAAAUAGUUAUUUGGUGUGGGGAGGAAUAGCUUUGCAUUAUGCUGAACUGUAUUGCAAUAUGAUGCAGCAACGGGAACUAAACAUGUUUCUGCUUACUGUAGUUAAAUCCAUAUUUCAAGAUAUGAUCAGCAUGGAUGCAGUUAUAUUAAAAAUAAUGAUGUUUGCACGAAAACUGGUGAGCGCUGACAGAGCGUCACUGUUCUUGGUGGACGGUAAAUCGGGUGAACUCUAUGCAAGGAUCUUCGAUGUUAAUGGCUCGGAGGGCAAUUCAGAAAACUGCACCGAUAAGGAAAGUGAUCUAUCGCCAGAAGAGAUCAGAUUUCCAAUUGGCAAAGGCAUAGCAGGUUAUGUUGCGAUGACAGGGGAAUCAUUAAAUAUUCCUGAUGCUUACAACGACAGUAGAUUCAACAGGGCAGUGGAUCAGAGAACGGGCUACAAUACCAGAAAUCUCUUGUGCAUGCCAAUCUUCAUUAGAAACAGCGUCAUAGGAGUAGUGCAAAUGGUGAACAAAUCCAGUGGCUCGUUUACCAAAAAGGAUGAAGAAUCAUUUGCGACAUUUGCUAUUUAUUGUGGAUUAGCGCUUCAUCAUGCUAAGCUGUACGAUAAAAUAAGGAGGUCCGAGCAGAAAUAUAAAGUGGCGUUGGAAAUUCUCUCAUACCACAGUACUUGUAGUGAAGAAGAUAUUAACACUAUUAAAAACCUGACUUUACCAAUCGAAACAGAAACAUUAUCUCAGUUUAAUUUUUCGCCUUUAACUCUGAACUCUGAUGAGAAGGUUGUAGCUUCUAUAUUUAUUUUCUGCAACAAUUUCUACAUAACUACGUUGGAUGAAGACGCGCUGAUACGUUUUACUCUAACGGUGAGGAAGAAUUACAGACGAGUGCCCUAUCACAACUGGGAUCAUGGCUUUUGUGUUGCCAACUCAGCUUUUGCUCUCAUCAAAAGAAGUGGAGUCUUCAAACCGCUUGAGGAGCUCGCCCUAUUCGUCGCUUGCCUGUGUCAUGACCUUGACCAUCGAGGGAAAACCAACCAGUUCUUGGUGAAUUCGGCAUCACCGCUAGCUGCCAUUUAUUCUACAUCAGUGCUAGAGCAUCAUCAUUUCAACAUGACAGUCUCCAUCCUUCAGCAAGAUGGACAUAACAUUUUUCGGAAUCUAUCAUCAGUAGAGUACAAAAAGGUUUUGAACAACAUUAAAAUGUGCAUCCUUUCAACGGAUUUGGCAUUAUUCUUUCCCAACAAAGCAAAACUGACGAAAAUAAUACAAAAUAAUCAGUUUGAUUGGGGUUCGACUGAACAUAGACAUCUCGUGCAAGCCAUCACUAUGACUGCCUGCGAUUUAUGCGCAAGUGCAAAAAGCUGGGAAGAGCAGAAGCAUAUAAUAAAAGUCAUUUUUGAGGAGUUUUACGAUCAGGGUGAUAUAGAGAAGGCCCAAGGAAGGCAACCUUUAGCGAUAAUGGACAGAAGCAAAAGUCAUGAACAGCCAUCCUCACAAGUGAGCUUUCUACGAGGAAUUUGCAUCCCCUGUUACGAAUUACUGUUCUCUAUUAUACCUGAAGCGGAGCCCCUACUUAUUGGAGUCAAGGCGAACUUGAAGAUUUGGGAAGAUCUUUCUGAAAGUCAAGAUAAUGAAGAAGAAUUAGUAAAAGACGCAAAAACUGAAGAAACUACAGAAGACGAAAACCAAUAA